AUGGCGUCACCAGGUGAGCUGGAUGACCAGAACGUACAGGACUCGAAAAGCGACGAAAAUAGUGACACGUUGAAAUAUCAGCUUCUCGGGCCCUCUUUAACAAAAGCGGGCCAGGAAUCUGUUGACCAGUCAAAGGUCUCUGAAAUCAUAUUUAAUGCUUCGAAAGGCUCCAAAUUCUUCAACCAUGAGCAAGAACGGGAUCGCAACUUGACCGUCAAGAUCGAACGAAUCUUGAAAGAAAAAUUUCGACUGGAAAAGACCGACUUGAGCUAUGAGCUCCGGCGCGCAGAUGAAUAUUUCACAGAACUAGAGUUGACGCGAGAUCUUUCUCAGCAUAUAGUUCAUGUAGACUGUGAUGCCUUUUUCGCAGCUGUCGAAGAACUAGACCGACCAGAGUUGAAGACAGUUCCUAUGGCCGUCGGAAAAGGCGUGUUGACGACAUGCAAUUACCUAGCCCGAAAAUUUGGAGUUCGAAGUGGCAUGGCAUCGUUUGUAGCCAUGAAGCUAUGUCCCCAACUUGUUCUUCUCCCAAUGAACUACGAGAAGUAUACUGCGAAGGCUCAGGAGAUCCGGGCCAUCAUAGCACGAUAUGAUCCACUAUUCCAAAGUGCGAGUAUUGACGAGGCAUACUUGAACAUUACUCCCUACUGUGCUGAAAAUGAUAUGGAUCCAGCAGAAGCUGUUCAGCAAAUGCGAAGUACAAUUUUAAAAACCACUCGGGUCUCAGUAUCUGCCGGAAUUGCGGCGAAUGCGAAAUUAGCCAAAAUUUCAUCAAAUCAGAAUAAACCAAAUGGACAGUUUCAAGUCCCCAAUGAACGGAAUGCGAUCAUUGAAUUUAUGCGAGAGCUACCAGUACGGAAGGUAAACGGAGUUGGUCGUGUCUUUGAACGAGAACUUGAUGCCAUCGGAAUUAAGACCUGCGGGGAGAUUUACCUACACCGUGCCCUACUGACUAGGCUUUUUGGUGAGAAAGCAUUCCAAUUCCUAGCGCAGUGUUAUCUCGGACUUGGCCGCACAAAAAUUGAGCCAAUUGAGGCCCAGGAGAGGAAGAGCAUAAGCACAGAAACUACAUUUCAAGAAAUCGGAGAUAAGGAGGCACUCAGGGCCAAGCUUCGCUGGGCAGCAGAGGAAUUGGAAAAGGACAUGGUCCGAACCCAGUUCAAAGGCCGCACACUCGCGUUGAAAGUGAAGUUGCAUACCUUUGAGGUGCUUACCAGACAGACAGCUACUCCGCGUGCAGUCUCCCAAGCCAAGGAUUUAUACAACUUUUCUUUACCUAUUCUGGCUAAAUUAGAGCGAGAAAUUCCAGGUAUGAAGCUUCGACUUCUUGGCUUACGAUGCUCAAACCUGAUCAGCACCCAGAAGAUUGACAUUAAUUUCUUCGGUGCCGCAGCGGUACCCAAAAAACCCAAUUCUAUUGUGGCAGUCAAAGACACAGAGCACGAUAUAAGUGCCGAAGAGGCAUUUGAGGCGGCAGCCCAGCAAGAGCUUCAAGAGGAGAUGAAUGAUAUGGAACGGCUGAGCCAGGAAGUGACCGAUAUACCCGAUACCCCUGAUGCCGCACAUACCACCACUGCUGUUUCAGAACCUACACAGUGGGAAUGUCCCAUCUGUGGUCGGUCACAAGCUGCUGAUGACCGAGCCUUCAACUCCCACGUGGAUCUCUGUCUUUCACGCCAGACUAUCCGGGAGGUGAUUCAAGAUGAAUCAGAGGAAAUAUCCCAACCCAGCUCCAAUACUUUAAGCCGGAAACGAAAGACAGCCUCUCGAGACGACCCAAGACAAAAACGACUUUUUUUCCGGUGA